AUGUCUACAGCUACAGAUAUUCUCUUGGAGACAUUAUCAAAUGAGCUCCCCGAGGAUAUUCGAAGACGAGUUGAGAAAGAUGGAGAGAGUGCAGAUAGAGAUUCAUUAAGAGAGGAAGCAUUGAAGUUUCUUGAGGAGUUCUUAGAAGAAGAUGGAGAUCCAGACGUUUUAUUGGCCACAUCCAUUCGCCCUUCACAAGAUCCAACAAAUACAAGUUAUAGUUUGAUUGAGAGGAUAGCUGAAUUGGACUCUCAGCAGAGAACUUUGGACGAUAAGAUUAGAGAUGAGACGUACAAGCAUCUUGAUUUGAUACUAAGUGCCAAUCAGACGUACAAAAAGUGCUGGAACUCGUUUACUAAGGACUUGAAUGGGUACUGCGGGUAUAUGGUUGUGGAUAAUAGAGGGGCGAACGAGGAGGAGGGUGUGAUUAAGGAGGGUGAGAUUGAGGAGGGUGAGAUUGAGGAGGGCGAGAUUGAGGAGGGUGAGACUAAGGAGGGUGAAAUUAAGGAGGGUGAAAUUAAGGAGGGUGAGAUUAAGGAGGCUGAAGAACUUGAUGAGCCCGGUGAGCCUGGUGAACCUGAACCCGAAACUAUCCCAUGGAACCAACUACUCAAACAAUAUCAACGACAAAUCCAGAAGAUAUGGAGACAUAAGAAUGAUGACGGCGAAGAGACCAUCGUACUUCAAUCAUCGACAGUUUUACACAAUAUGGACAGAAUCAUGGACAUUCUAGAACUUCCCAGUUUGGCCAACGCCUGUGUUAAGAGUGGCCAUUAUGGAGAAUGUGUAGAGAUAGCGUCACAUGUUAGGAGAUUAUCGAUUCGAUACUCUGAAAUGACACUGAUUAGCAAAGUAGAGGGUGAUAUCCAGCAGGAGAUCAAAGAGAUGAUCAAUGGAUUGGUUCGAUUACUUAAUACAGACUUGAAGCAAAGUCAUAUCAUCAAAAUAAUCACCUAUUUAAAGAGAAUAGGACCCUUUCAAAGUGGUGGAGAGACGAUGAGUGAUGAGAUCCUUGAGAAAAUCUUCUUAAAAUCCAGAUACCAGUUCAUAUUGGGUGAAUUGCAAGUGUUGGAGCCUCUCAAGCGUGCCAAUUCUAUCGAACGAUUUUUGAAACGAUCGAUCGAAGUGAUUCGAGAGCAUUGCUUCCAGACAAUCAUGACGUUUGAGUCGAUUUUCCGUGUUGACAGUGACACUGAAUCGAUCAGAAAAGCCAAUAUGUUACUGUAUUCGUUUAUCAAGUCACUUGUUCUCAGCUUGUGUGAAAUUUUGCGCGAAAACAUAACCAAAUUGAGGGAUCAGGCAGGUAAAGACGGCCUUUUCUUACAGUUAAUAUACUGCUCUCAGAGUUUGGGGAGAGUUGGAGGAGACUUUACACCGAUUGUCCUCGAGGAGUUCACCGGAAUUAUAGAUAAGCGGAAAUGGUGCUCGAUAUUACAUAAGCAGAGGCAACUGGUGAAAUCGAUGGAACAAAAAACUCAAAGUGUUGCAACCGUCUAA